UUUUUCUUUCUUUGAACAAUAACGUACGCAACAUUAGAUUGAUUAAGUAUCAAGCGAGGGUUGUAAAAGUUAUAAUCCUUGCUAUCCAGCCUAGGCCAACGAGAAGGUCUUGAUCUGCUAUCAUGUGUCAGUGAUCAGCGAGAGCACAAACAUGGGAAAUAAUCACUCAGAACAGGAGCAACAAAGCAAGGGAAACCCUGAGACCAAACAAGAGAGUUUGCCAAAGAAGAAAGAUACAGAUAUAUGGAGUAGCUUUCGAAAUAAGACCAAGGCCCCACUGUCUCCACCAACUGCCUUUAAGCCUGUGCCUCCAAAUCUUUUCAAGGGAAUUCCGCAUGAGUUCGCAUCUGCCAUUGGCACAUCAACAUUCUACACAAAGCAGUUACUAGUGGAGACUCCACAUGAAGACAAAAGACCCGUAGACUCUAGCCCAGUAGUGCCCGCAUUUUCACCCCAAGCAACUCUUACAACAAACCCAUUUAGGGUACCAAAAGAGCCACGUGCUUACGAUAUUUCCUGGGACCGUCCUCAAGUUAAAAGCCCAGUGCCAACCCCGAUUUCUUCAUUUGUCUUCCCAUCAGUAUCAGACAACACUCCUCCAAAGGAUCCUCCAAAACCAUAUCCUCCAAAAUCAGAUCCUCUGAAAUCAGAUCCUCCAAAACCAUAUCCUCCAAAAUCAGAUCCUCCAAAAUCAGAUCCUCCGAAAUCAUAUCCACUGAAAUCAGUUCCUCUGAAAUCAGAUCCUCCGAAAUCAGAUCCACCGAAAUCAGUUCCUCUGAAAUCAGAUCCUCUGAAAUCAAUUCCUCUGAAAUCAGAUCCUCCAAAAGCUGUUCCUCCAAAAGCAGUUCCUCAGAACAAUUCCUCUGAAAUCAGAUCCUUAAUUCCUCUGAAAUCAGAUCCUCCUAAAUCAGAUACUCCGAAAGCAGUUCCUCAGAACAUCGCUUUAGCUUCUCCUACAAGACCUGUUGCUCCUCUGUGGGAAAAUUCUCCAUGGCAAAGAAAACCACCCCAAAUCCCUAAGGAGGCCUGGCCUGAACCCCCACCACCUGUGAAACCGGCCUUGACUCCGGAAACUGUCAUAAGGGAGGCUAUAGCCAGCAUCUCUCAGGAUGUUCCAGUGCCCUUCCUUUUUACUGCAACCACCCCAGAAAUGACACAAGGUCCUUUAAGAUCGGAAGUAGCAGUGGUAGAUAAUAAAACAACUUCAGCGGAAAUAAGUGAAAAAUCCUCAUCAUGCUCUAAUAACACUGUGGUCAACAACACAGAUAGUAAAAGUGAUGACAAUGUGAACAGUCAAACAUAUUUUGUGAUUUCUGAAGAAACCCAUGCAGAGAUUAUGUCAAGACUUGCAUAUGUGGAAAACCAAAAGUGGCUUCCUGAACCACCGGUCACUCAAAAGCAGGCAGUGGUGCAGCGAGCCCUAAAUGGAGUCUCUUAUGCAGAGGCAGUUAAAAAGUCUCAACCAAAGGUCAACCCUGCCCGACGUGAAGCCAGGGCCAAAUUAUUGAAGAAAAUUAGGUUAUCUAAAUAUGGUGUGAAGCAGACAGAAACGCAAACGGAUGACGACUCUGCUGAAGGAGGUAAUACUGUCCCACAACAACCAUGCGACAAUUCCUCUACCCAUCUACUUCCACUCAAAGGUGCACCAGACCAGAGUGUUACACCAAAAAAUAAAGCAGCCACUGAGCAAACAACACAUCUCAACCAAAAUGAAAAAUCUGCCAUCUCCUCUAACCUUAUCGAACUGGAAAAAGAACCCCCCCUGGCAAAUGCAACUAAAAAAAUAGAGCAGAAGACAGACAAUGCACCAUCAAAGAAUACCAAACCAGAACCCAAUUUGAACCAAAAUCCACCGACAUUACCAAAAAGUAAUCAAUCUGUAAGAGGGACAAAUCCCACCCUGAGAACGGAUACAUCAAAGACCGUAUUUUGUCAAGCGCACAAUGUAAACACUGCUCCAGCCAUAGAUCUGACAGACGAAGCACAAAUGAGAGAAAUUCUGAACGCCAUACGUGUCUCACCUUCACCUAGUCAAAUCAGUCAAUCAGAAUUAAAAGCUGCUCUGCAAGCUGCAAGUGUCUCUUUACUGCACGACAAAGUAAAGCAAACCAAGCUGAGGGUUUCAGCGCAAAUAUCCAGAGCUGUGAGAGGAAAGGUGAAGGAAAGUUUUCAAUGUGUGCCUUCGCAAGUCGACCCUAAAUCAGGUCCAAAGAAAGCUCCUCUUCCUACUGACACUCCACAAGAACAUUUAGACUGUUCUGCUGCAAAUGUCGUUCACAGUGAACUUUCAAGUUCUACUGGCCCUUCAAAGGAAUCUCAAAAGCCACUGAUCACUCCGCAUCAGCCAGCCUUAUCUCCUGUUUCUCCAGACCCAUCACUCACAUCGACUUCCCCCAAUUGUUUGUCCACAACAGACAUAUUAAAUGCCCGAUGUGACAAACAAGGUGCAGCAACAACUAAAGCCACACCCGCCAUUGAGCUUGGACAAAGUCCAUCUAAGUUCAUCACCAGAGCUCACCAGACUCAUGCCAAAAUACCAGCUAACGCUAAUCAGGUACAAACAAAGAUGAAAGAAAUAAAACAAUUGCCUCCAAAAUCCAAAAUGACGGAAAAAGAAGAUACAAAUAUAGAAAAUGAAGAAAAGGCACAGGAUCCAAAACCCUCAACACCAUCUCCACAGCCUCUCUCACGGCCUGAAGGUCGUUGGCAUCCUUUCACCACUGAUCGGUCAUGUGUGCAGAGGGUCCGUUGUCAGCACCGGGAGAAUGGCAAGCUGCCCAAAAAUGUAGUGCAAUGGUUGAAUGUAAGUCGGAACUACCUGUGUGAGCCGUCUUGGGUCACCACAGCAUCACUGGCUGCCUCAAUUGCUCUGAGUGUACGACUGGAUAGGGAGGAUUCCCGGCAGUAAAUCAAUAAAAUUGACAUAAUUGUAAAAACGUU